CCCUUUGAUACUUUAGCAAGCGGUCUUGUUGGCAAACGCCCGUUUGAUACUUUGGCCAGCGGUCUUGUUGGAAAGCGACCCUUUGAUACUUUGGCAAGCGGUCUUGUUGGCAAACGCCCGUUUGAUACUUUGGCCAGCGGUCUUGUUGGAAAGCGACCCUUUGAUACUUUGGCUAGCGGUCUUGUUGGCAAACGCCCCUUUGAUACUUUGGCUAGCGGUCUUGUUGGAAAGCGACCCUUUGAUACUUUGGCAAGCGGUCUUGUAGGCAAACGCCCCUUUGAUACUUUGGCAAGCGGUCUUGUUGGAAAGCGACCCUUUGAUACUUUGGCAAGCGGUCUUGUUGGCAAACGACAAAUGGAUUCUUUAGCUAGUGGACUGGUCGGUAAACGAUUGGUGGAUUCUUUAGCGAGUGGUUUAGUUGGCAAACGCCCCAUGGAUUCAUUAGCAAGUGGCUUGGUU